AGUGUCAACUGUUCGUACAUCCUCUCUUGGAAUCUCGUGUCGAGCUACCACAGUGAUAUGCACGCAUUUCGGAACGAAACGCUGACGCGCAGUUUGAUCCCCGAAUGAGCUCCUGACCAUAUACAAUGCCGCGACCGAAGGUACACCCUGACAAUCGGCUGCGGGCCUACGAGGCUUGUCUAGCUUGUCGGGCCACUAAAAAGCGAUGCAGUGGCACAUUCCCAUGUGCGAAAUGCAUCCGGCUUGGUCGUUCCGCUACUUGUGUUCCGGCUCCUCGUUCUAGUGCUCGACGGCCGACUGAGAGCAACAGCACAUAUCCAUCAGUCUCGAACACUGGCCAUCGAGACUCUACUACGUUAAGCCUGACAUCUUCUGAUUAUCAAAUCAACGAUACCCCGCAGUCUCCGUCGUCUGGGCCAACUAGCUCCACACACGAGACAGGGCCUCUUUCCCCGGAAACGCCGCACAGGACCCAUCCGCGGAUGCUGCGUAACCUGCGGGGAGAGCGAGUCUAUAUUGGAAAGGCAGCCUCCUUGUCAUUCCUGCAACUAGUCCGGGAUACUGUCACGCAAUGCAUCGGACCGUCGCAAUUCUCCCACAACAUGAAAAGUGAUGAUAUGCUAGAAACUGAACCGCCCGAUGACAUUCCGCUUGAGGUCGAUGAUGAGAUUGAUGUGCGUCAACAGCAAUACUAUGUUCAAGCUUACUGUACAGCAACAAGCGGCUUCGUGCACGUCCUGUCAGAAACAGAGACCAUGCAGUUCCUGGAUGCGCCAGGUGCAUUAAGCACUGGAGCAAGUGAUAGGCGGGAACGAACAAAGCUUGCACUAAUGCAUAUCGUGCUCGCUAUCGGAGCGCAGGCUUCGAAGCAUCAUCCGUCAGCGGAUCGCGCCGAAAGGUUCUUCUUCGCCUGUGCUCAGCGCAGCGCAUUUGCAGGGAUGCUGGAGAAUCCGAGUUUGGAUUUGGUGCGCCUCUUUCUUCUCAUGUCAUACUACAUGUUAGGGGCGUGUCGUAGGAACGCCGCGUUCAUGUAUUUGGGCGUGGCCGUUCGCGCGGCAGUGGCGCUGGGGCUACAGCUUACCGACAGCACCGUCCCAACGAAGGAACAAGACAUUAGAGCAAGGGUAUGGAUGAGUCUUUGCGUUUUGGACUUGCUCGUGAGCUCCAUCCUCGGGAGACCCGCUGCGACAACUUCGAUACGUUCGGACUCGGAAAGCACGUCGCUCUUUUGCCCGCAAACCGAUAGCCAAGCACAACGGAGCCUGGUCGCUUCUUACGACUUAUCGCAGAUCCUGGACGAGAUCAUCGCUGGUCUUUACGGCAAGCAGGCAGCCUCAGCCGAGGUAGCCGAUGGUCUUUUGAGGAAGCUGAAAGACUGGAGUGACAAUUUACACCCUUCACUACUGGCGCCCCCUGGCACCGACUAUGAACAGCCUACAGUCCACCAGCAUAUUAUCGGAAACCUUCACAUCGCGUGCACAUACCACUUUGCUGUCAUUAUAGUGACACGUCCCUUCUUGAUAUCAGUCUUGAACUUCCGUCUGGCACAGUCAAAUCGCACUCCCAUGGGUGGCGAUACAGGUCAACCCAGUGAGGAACCGGCGUAUUCGAAGCUGGCGGUGGCAUGCGUUGACUCGGCCUUGUUCAUGAUUCAGACAUGCUCGGAGGUCUACCAGUCUCGGCUAUUGUUGGGAAACAUGUGUAUUCUCAAAGCAUUUGUUUUUGCCGCUGGUUUAGUGCUAGGAUUCUCCAUGUUCUCCCAGAAGGAAGCGGACCCGUCGCUGGAGGAAACCUAUGAUGAGGCCCUCGAUAUCCUCCGCAUGCUUUCCGCACGAUCCGCUCAAGCUGCACACUACCUUGAGAUUCUUAGCCUUCUCAGGAAUGCCAUCUACGAGCAGCGCCAACGACUCGCACAGCACACGCAACAAAGUAGGAGUCGAUACGUCAGCAAGCUUUUCAGCUUGAAUGAUCGCCGUCUUUCGACACAGACCCAUGAAGGAACAGUCGCUUCUGCCAGUGAACAAAUCCCGGAACCUUCGCAGUUUGACUUGUUUGAGCCGUGGUCAAGUGCUGAGGAACCAUCUGUCAUGGACCCUGAAGAAUAUGGCGCUACGCUUACGGGCUGGGAUGGUAUGCAUUUGCCACUGUGGGAUAGUUUCCCUUUUAGUGGCCCAACGAUGUGAUGGCAAG